UUAUGUUCAUCAGUCUUCGUGUUAUUCGCUCAUAAUUUACAUUUUGUAGAUGGAAUGGUCCGACGUCAUAUGUAAAAGCACCCGGACAUUGUAUUGAAAAUUUCCGAGAUCAGUUCUCCAUGAUGCAUGCCAACCAGUUUAUUUGGAUGCCUUAUCUCCAACGGCAGUUGCCGGAAAGUUGUGAUGCCGGUCGUCCUGUAUGGAUAUCGAUAACAACGCUUAUUUGUUGGAAUCUAGCUGAGCCACACCGAGUGUUGCGCCAAUUUGGGAUUGUCCAACCGUAUAUCCCGCAACUCCCCCGGUUCCACGGUACUGAUUUUGCGAAACAGGAUCGCCGUGGAAAAGCUGGUCGAAAUUGGGUUGAUUGGCACGCCAAUUAUAUACAGGAGUGGGACAACAGACACUUUUUGGUGUGGACUGAUCUGGAGUACAGUGAUGAGCCCGUUGCAACCGAAGAAUAUAUGGAUUGGUUUCGGCAGAUAACUGUUGUGUAUUUAACCAAACCCGGCGUGCAUGCUGAACAGGGCUUCCACGAAACGGCAUCUUCUCAUAGAUUCGCGGUGGAGACACUUCACAACGUGCGCCACUUUCUAAGUGGCCAAGAUACGACAGAACAUCCGGCUUUGGGAACCAUUUCGAGGAUGAUUGAAGAAGGACUGCGGAUAUCCGGAGAGGCUGAGCGGAUGGACUACCGUCCUUCGCAGCGCUCUGCAAUGGACGUGGACGUACCCGUACGGCAAAAGGCAAAACGAUGAACCAAAAAGAAAACC